AAUACAAGUGACACGAUCGAUAUUGGGCAUGGCGAAAGGAAGGAUGGCCCCAAAAGCCUGCGCAGCUUGUCGUUCACAACGGAAAAAGUGCUCAGAUGAAUGUUUAAUAGCCCCUCAUUUCCCUUCUGACGAUAUGCAGAGGUAUUCGAUUGUGCAGAAAGUGUACGGGUUCAACAAUAUCGUCAGAAUGCUCAAAGAUGUUAAACCUGAGCAAAGAGGAGAUGCGGUAAAUAGUUUGGUGUAUGAGGCAAGAGCCAGAAUGGAGGACCCCGUAAAUGGGUGUGCAAGGGUAGUUCAUGAACUACAGAAGCAGAUAGCUGAGCUGGAAUCCCAGUUGGCAGCCAAGCAAGAAGAGAUCAUGAAUAUGCAUUUUGCAUCUGAGAAUCUUCUAUCUGUUGAUGCUGGACAUGUUUUAUGUGCCACGUCACCACAAAGUGAAUAUAGUGUGUGUGAGGAGGUGGAUCCAAUGAUGCUGUGGGAACCGCUAUGGGCUGUAUAAAUUUAAGAGAAGCGUACAUAUUGGAAUUCGCUGUCUGGAGGCAUAUCAUUCCUCACUAUUUAGAAAUAUAUUUAAUUUUAUC